CUUAGGCGAAUGGAACUUAGGAAGGAAGUGGCUCGCCACUUUCCAGAGGGAACAGGCAGAGAGGAACAAGCGGAGGGAGGAAAGCGGGAUGAGAACGACCUAAUGGGAUGGGAAACUGACGGAAGAAGGGCUCGCUUCAGUUACCUGGGGAGCGAGAGCAGCUUCGGGUCCUUGAUGAAGUGCCCGGAUGAGGUUCCAGCACUCACGCGCCUUCCGCAUUGAGUGCAGCGCCAUCUUGAGAGGGGCGGAGUCGUCGUGACAUCUGCUCAGAGAGGAAGUCCCAGAUUCGCAGCGCUUUUGCUUGCCGCGCAUGCGUCUCUGCCCUCGGGGCGGGCCUCUGUGCUGGUGCCUGAGGAGCUCCUGCCUUCGUAGAACAGGGAGAGGUAGGAGAUAAAUGCAAUAAGGAGGCCAUACUCUUAACGGAACUGAAAUCUAAUAAGAUCUCUGCAGUGUUCUUAGGCAACCUCUGGAGGAAUCCAGCACCCACGGAAUGUCUCCUGCCACCCCACAGCACGUUCCUGGAGCUUCAAUUUGGAGAAUGUCGGUUUCCUUGGCUGUAAAACCCAUAACACUAACCACAAAAUGUUCUGGAGGUCAAGUUACACAACGCAUGUGACCUUUGAAUGAGCUCUUGUCUGACCACACUGAAGGCUUCUCUCCCAGAGCAUCUUCUGGAAGAGGUCCAGAAAUGCCCUUGGUGUGUUUGACAGACUUUCAGGACCAUGCACGGGAGCGGCUGUCUAAAUCAACAUGGGAUUUUAUCGAAGGAGGAGCAGAUGCUUGCCUCACGCGGGAUGACAACGUCGCAGCAUUUAAAAAAAUCCGCCUCCGUCCCCGGUACCUGAAAGACGUGUCAAAGGUGGACACGAGAAUCACCAUCCAAGGCGAGGAGAUCAGUGCCCCCAUUUGCAUCGCACCCAUGGGUUUCCACUGCCUCGCCUGGCCUGACGGAGAAAUGAGCACAGCCAGAGCUGCCCGAGCAGCUGGCAUCUGCUAUGUCACCAGCAUGUAUGCCAGCUGCAGCCUUGAAGACAUCGUUGGUACUGCACCUGGGGGCCUGCGAUGGUUCCAACUGUAUGUGCAUCCAAACCGGCAGCUAAACAAACAGCUGAUCCAAAAGGUAGAAUCCCUGGGCUUCAAGGCUCUGGUGAUCACUGUGGAUGUGCCCAAAAUUGGCAAUAGGCGACAUAACAUGGCAAACCAAGUGGACUUGCAAAAGACCUUACUCCUGAAAGACCUUGGAUUGUCUGCAAAGGGAAAUUCAAUGCCCUAUUUCCAGAUGUCCCCCAUUGACCCAUCCAUUUGCUGGGAUGAUCUCUCCUGGUUUCAGAGCUUGACUCGUUUGCCCAUCAUCCUUAAGGGGAUCUUGACCAAAGAGGAUGCAGAGUUAGCUGUGAAGCACAAUGUCCAUGGCAUCAUUGUUUCCAACCAUGGUGGGAGGCAGCUUGAUGAGGUUCCUGCUUCUAUCGAUGCCUUGUCCGAAGUGGUGGCUGCUGUGAAAGGGAAAAUUGAAGUGUACCUGGACGGAGGGAUCCGAACAGGCAAUGACGUGCUAAAGGCCCUGGCCCUCGGGGCUAAGUGCGUGUUUGUGGGGAGGCCGAUCCUGUGGGGGCUUGCCUGCAAGGGUGAACACGGUGUUGAGGAAGUUUUGAACAUUUUAAAGAAUGAGUUCCACACUUCCAUGACCCUUACAGGCUGCCGGUCGGUUGCCGAGAUCAAUCGGGACCUGAUCCAGUUCUCCAGAUUGUGAAGACAGAGACAGCUCCUCCUCUGCCCCCUCUGCCACUCCACCCCACCCCUCAUCUUCCUCAGAUGGGCCAGGCUCCUCUUGGCCUCCCUGCCAUGUACAUGCCGUGCUCUUGCCUGAAAUCCUCCUCUGAAAGAAAAGCUUUUAAAAAGGCACAUCAAUAAUGACUGGAAUAGCUAGUGGGUUCAAUUUUUGGCAUAUUCUACAUGUGUCUAUGAAGCAACUAUGGAAAUCCACACUCUAGAAGAAGAGCUUUACAUGUAAAAUAUUUCCUAGUAAAAAUCAUACUCCUAUCUAUAGAUAAUAGGGGGAUAACAUAGUUUAAAAACACAGACUUUGGGAGUUCCCAUCGUGGCUCAGUGGUGUGGAACCGACUAGUAUCCAUGAGGAUUCGGGAUCCAUCCCUGGCCUUGCUCAGUGGGUUGAGGAUCCAGCAUUGCCGUGAGCUGUGGUGUAGGUCACAGAUUCAGCUCUGAUCCUGUUUUGCUGUGCCUGUGGUAUUGGCUGGCAGCUGCAGUUCCGAUUUAACUCCUGGCCUGGGAACUUCCAUAUGCUGCCAAGUGCAGCCCUAAAAAGACAAAAACAAAAACAAAGUCUAGACUUGAGAGCCAUGACAGAGGAUUAACAGCCAGAACUGCUACUGACAAGCUGUAUGACUUGGGGGAUUUUCAACAAUCUCACUGGGCUUCCAUGUCCUUGUCUAUAAAAGAGGAACUCGCUAGGUUGGGAGAAAGAUGAUAUGAGAUCAUGAAUGCAAAGUUCAGAGCACAAGCCUUUGCACCUAGUAUACAUUUAAGAAAUAGUAGUUUUUAUUAUAAUUACUUGGGAAAUUCCUACUCAUCUUGUAGGACCUUGCUCACCUAUUAGCCUGGCUACUUGCUAAGUGCUUCCUCUUGUUCUUUGCACAUUAUACUACUACAACCCUUAUUAUAAUGUGUUUUUAUUUAUAUUUAUUUAUUUAAUGUCUCUCUCCACAAAUAGACUGUACAUGGCUCUAAGCAAGAAACUAUAUACUUGGUACUGGAUUUGAUGUAUAGCAGCAUCUCAGUAAAUGUUUGUGGGAUGGAUGAAUGGCUGGCUGGCUGGUAAAAAGAAAGAUGGAAAAAAUGAGGAGAUGCCCUACUAGAGUAAAAACCUCCCAGACCUGCAGUCAGUAAAAACAGACCUCUAGAGCAAGGGGACACAGCUGAAUAAGAUCUGACACUGGAAGGCGUCCGAAAGUUGAGGAUGGAAAUCAAUGACCCAAAUAAAUAACUUCAUUACCGGUUUCCCCCA